AUGUACACUAGAAGACCAUGGAGCAGGAAGCGAGCAAUUCUUUUGGCCUUUACUUCAAGUGUCUGGUCUCGGGACUACAGCGGGAAGAUAAGUUUAUCCCUGUUCAAAAUGUACAUGGGGGUGUGCGCGUGUAUAUCUCCAAAGAAGACAGAGGUGAAUGAGCAAAAUGUCAGCGAGAGGGACCUGGUGCAGGAGAAGGCAGAGGCAGAGGACAGGACCAAAUGUGUUGACAAGCUGCCCUUGGAGCCUUUUGCAGCAUGGUCUCGUCAUAAGGAUGGAUCUCUUGGUGCAAAUCUUCUGCUCUCUACGCUGCAGGUGGGACGGAGGUGUGAGGGUUUGAGGGUAAUAAAUGCAGGGAAGAGCACGCACAAUGAAGAUCAAGCCAGCUGUGAAGUCCUCUUUGUCAAGAAGAAAGCUGGAGGCGUUAAUUCUACACCAAACAAGAACUCUUCAACAAAACGGAGGUCAUCGCUGCCCAAUGGAGAAGGUCUCCAGCUGAAAGACAAUUCAGACACAGAUGGGAUCAACCUGUACUACUGGUCCCUGUUCGAUGGACACGCUGGGUCGGGGGCAGCUGUGGUCGCUUCCAAACUGCUGCAGCACCAUAUCCUGGAGCAGCUGCAGGAGAUCGUGGACAUCCUGAGGAACAUGACCGUCCUCCCACCCACCUGCCUGGGAGAGGAGCCCGACAACCCGGCCACAAACAGCAGGACGCUGACACGGGCAGCCUCCCUGCGUGGUGGUGUGGGCGCCCCAGGCUCACCCAGCACCCCUCCAACACGCUUCUUCACCGAGAAGAAGAUCCCACACGAGUGCCUGGUUAUUGGGGCCAUAGAAAGUGCGUUCAAGGAAAUGGAUUUGCAAAUUGAACGAGAGAGGACUGUGUAUAACAUUUCUGGCGGCUGCACAGCCCUUGUGGUGGUGUAUUUAUUGGGGAAGCUUUACGUGGCAAAUGCUGGUGAUAGCAGGGCUAUAAUAAUCCGAAAUGGCGAAGUCAUUCCAAUGUCUUCAGAAUUCACUCCAGAGACUGAACGCCAGCGACUUCAGUAUCUGGCUUACAUGCAGCCCCACUUGCUGGGAAAUGAGUUCACACAUUUAGAGUUUCCACGGAGGGUGCAGCGUAAGGAAGUUGGAAAGAGGAUGCUCUACCGUGACUUCAACAUGACUGGCUGGGCAUACAAAACCAUUGAGGAAGAUGACUUGAAGUUUCCCCUUAUAUAUGGAGAAGGCAAGAAGGCUAGAGUUAUGGCAACAAUUGGAGUGACCCGAGGCCUGGGAGACCAUGACCUGAAAGUGCACGACUCCAAUAUAUACAUCAAACCUUUCCUGUCCUCAUCUCCCGAGGUGAGAGUCUAUGACCUCCUGCAGUACGAGCAUGGGCCAGAUGAUGUUCUGAUCCUAGCUACUGAUGGACUCUGGGAUGUGCUGUUAAAUGAAGAAGUGGCAGAAGCUGUCACUAACUUUCUACCAAACUGUGACCCCGAUGAUCCCCACAGGUACACGCUGGCGGCGCAGGACCUGGUGAUGCGAGCCAGGGGAGUGCUGAAGGACCGGGGCUGGCGAAUAUCCAACGACAGGCUGGGCUCUGGAGAUGACAUCUCUGUCUACGUCAUCCCUUUAAUACAUGGGAACAAACAGUCGUGA